AUGUCCCUCUCGCCGCUCCUCCGCCGCGCGCCGCCGAAGUCCGCUCGGCCCGGGGCGGGCCCUCCCGGCCCGUACGCCGCCGCUACCUCGCGGGCACCCGAGCCCCGCGCGGAGCCGCCCGCCUCCUCCGGCCGCCGCGGACUCCGGCGACCUCGCCGCCAUCCGUCACCGCCCCUCCGCCCAUCGUCUCCGCUGCCGUCCACCGCGGCCCGCGCCGGUGCCCGCCGACGAGCCGCCCCGAUCCUCUCCUCCCCGACCCGCAGCACCUCGCCCCGCUCCUCCGACGCCGGCCGCCGCCUCAACUCUGGCGAGGGGUUCCGGUAG